AUGGCGGUGCCGCGCGAAGGGUGGAAGGCGACGGACUUUGUAGUGGACGACAUGGUGUACUCCAGCAUUGACGUGCUCAUAAUGGACGCCCUACGACACCUACAAUGCUUGGAGAAGAAUAGCACGCUUAGGCUGUACACCGCGUUCAUCUACCACUACAAGAAGUGGGCGGCGAAGAUGCUGAAGCAGCUACGCGACAAGCUACCCCAUGAGCAACGACUUAGGCACGUCGACGAGAUCGGCCACUACAUCCGCGACAACAAGAAAGAGGAUUGGUGCAACGAGAAAGUGGUCCGCCGACAGUACAUCUGGCUGCACGGCCCUAGGGUCACCGAAACCCGGCUGCGCGCCUACGUGAAGCAAAUGAGCCGUGAGUGUAACCUCAUUGUUGACCAGCCCGGGGAGGAGAACAAUGCCACGCGAACGGGGCCUGUGAGGUCGACAACUGUGCACACAAUCCUCGGCCGGAUAAAGGCAUGCCAGAUGGCGGCGAGGGUGGAGGCGACGCUGUACCGAGAGAAGGAGCUGGGCCUCAUGAGGGAGAUCUCGGUGGUGAGAUCGGAGGUGCGGUUCAACGUCCGCCACAAGAACGAGAGGGACCUCAAGAACUGCGCCGACCGUCGACGCGGCACCAUCGGCGAUACCUACACCGCCGAGCAGUUCCGCCAGAUCAUGAUGAGGGUGCUGCCGACAUGGGCGGCGGCGGCGUGGAACCCGCGGGCUACCACUCCGUCGCAGACGCUGUGGCGAUUCCUGCUCAUCAAGGUGCUCACGCUACUCUCCCACCACACUCUCCUGCGCGGCGGCAGCAUCCGCGAGAUCACGCUCCCCGACAUCUUCUUGUACCACCUGGCGAGCACCUCGGAGGUGAACCCGGAUAGCCAGCCGGUCGUCAUGGUGAUCGCCGCGCGUAACUCGAAGACUUCCAAGGAUGCCCGUCUUCAGCAGAGCUACGCUGCGCGACACCUGGAAGCGGAGCUGUGCGCCGUCGGCGAGACCGGCCUGUGGCUGCACUUCAUCCUCGACCAGAUCGGUCAGUUCUCCGGCACCGACUUUCUUUCGCCGCUUGACAUCACAGAACGCGAACGCUGGUACAAGAAGCAUCUCUUCUUCGCCAGAAACGACAAGGAGCAGGAGGAGCUCUCCUCCGCCACCCACCAACGUUGGACUCGGCAGGUGUGGACGACCAACAAGGUGUUCUGCAAAAGGAACGUGCACGCCGCCCGCGCCGGAGGUGCGCAGGAGUUAGCCAUCGGAGGGACGCCGCGCGCCCAGAUCGCCGAGCUGGGACACUGGGCUCUCGACAAGAUGACGCGUGCGUACAUCACGGCCAUUCCCGUUGGGGUGGUGAUGCAGAAGGCCGGCUACUCGGAACUCAAGCAAGACUACUUCUUGGGGCGCAGCAGGGUCGAGCCCUCUGACAAACUCCUGGACCUGCUCGCCGAGCACAUCUUCCCCGGCGUGGAUGCUAUGCUGCACGAUGCGGAGACGCGUGCCGUCAACGGGAGCGACGCCGCUGCAGCCGCAGUGCACUUCUUGCGCACCCUCGUGAUGUUCCGACGAAUCGUCGCCGAGGACCUCGCGGUGAAGCUCGUCCGCACACCGUGGCACCUGUACGUCCAAGGUUCCAAGCUCUGCAGGAUUGCCCUCUUCCAGCACUGGGCGAAAAGGGUCGAGUCGGUCGACACCGAUACGAUCAAAAAGCGCCGGGACCCGACUCAGAUACAACCGGAGGAAAUAUCCGUGCGCAUGGACACCCAGUAUCACAACAUGUCCCUCAAGGAGGCGCUGAAGAAGGAGGUCGAGCGCUCGGCGCUCGAGAAGCUAGGCUUUCAGGAGACGAUCGAGAAGCAAAACGACACCAUCGCGUCGCUCACCGCUGAGCUUGCUCGACUCACUAAGGCACUCCGUGUGUCAGAAGCCCGGAGGAUGCCGGCGGCGCCGACGUCGGCUACCGAUCAAACUCCGGGCGAAGGUGGCUCCGCGGAUUCGGCCAACACGGGGACCGGAGCCAAGAGAGAUGAUGGGAAACCCCCGCCACCCCCCCAGACGGCAGAGGAGGCCAGUUACGAGCUCAACGUCGUGCAACCUUGGCGGGAUUCAAAGACCCUACGCGCGAGCGACGGCGAUGCCGACACCGAAGCCGUGGUCGAUGCACUGAACACGAUCGCGGCACCGGGCAUUGGUACCUUCUGCGAUGCCCUCACGGUGCUCAACCCGGUGACGGCACCGACGAUGUCCAAGGAGCCUGGCAUGGGCGUCAAGGGGCUUGGCCCCAAGGUGGUCUCGAAGCUACGCCUCGCCUGUGCGCUGGUGGCGCUCGAGCUGAAGCCGACGACGUGGGUCGACCGCCUGUUUCCAGACACCUGGGAGGAGCAGAUGCCGAAGACCGUGGCCGACUUGGCCAAGCAGACCGCACCUGCGCAGCGUCCUCCGUCAAAGCGCAAGAAGUCGGCAUGA